AAUUAUUGACAAUCAACUAAACCAAAGGUACUCUUAGUUUGAAAGAAAGUUCUAUAAAUUUAUUUGGUAAAAGAAAAAGUUACAACAUUGUUUCUUAGAAAACUUAAAGAAACAAUAUUUUCUAGGAAUACCAAACAAAAAUAAGAAGUGUUGACUCCAUUGUUACGGAGUAAAUUGUAUCAGAGGUAUUUGUUUCUUUGGAGUCAUGACGACCAUUCAUUUUCCGUUUAUUGUUUGAAUUAUUGUCUUCCUUUUAUUGGUCUACAAACAACUAGCACAGCAAGAAUACUUCUGCAAAAACUUUGAGAAAACUUUAGUGUAGAGGAAGAAAAUUGUGUGAAGGAAAGCAAACUGCAACAAUGGCCGACCCUGUAAUUGGUGCUACUGUUCAAGUUUUCCUUGAGAAGCUGCUUUCUCUCACUAUCAAGGAAUUCAGUAGCUCAAGGGACUUCAACAAAGAUCUGGAAAUGCUUACACAAAAUGUAUCCAUGAUCCAAGAUUUCAUUCAUGAUGUUGAAAGACCAGAAAUUCAGAAACAGGCUGUGGAAAAAUGGCUUAAGAGGCUUGAGAGAGUUGCUGAAGAUGCUGAAAAUGUGUUUGAUGAAAUCAGAUAUGAAUCUCUCAAAGCACAAGUGAAGCGAAACAAACCGAUGAAAAAGGUCCGUAACUUCUUUCCUGAUACGGCUUUUAAGUGCAAAAUGUCUCGAAAAAUCAACAAAAUCACUGAAGAGUUGAGGGCUAUCAAUCAGUUGGCCAAAGGCCUCGGUCUCCAAUCACUGAUAGUUCCUUCUCGACAAAUACUACCAUUUCGAGAAACAGAUUCCAUGGUAGUUGCUUCGGAUGUUGUUGGUAGAGACAACGAUGUUACUGAAAUAAAGAGGAAGAUGUUGAACAUCAGAGAGGAAGAUGUUUUCCGCACCAUUCCCAUAGUGGGUAUGGGGGGUUCAGGGAAAACAACUGUGGCUAAGAUAAUUUUCAAUGAUGAGGAGAUCGGGAAACAUUUUGAUAAGAGAGUUUGGUUGUGUCUACCUGAAAUGUCAGAAACAACGAAGAGCUUUCUAGAACAGAUCCUUAUAUCAUUGACAGAGAAGAAACUUGAGGUCCAGAACAAGAAUAUAAUAGUCAAGAAGCUCCGAGAAGAACUCGGAGGGAGCAAGUAUUUGCUUGUCCUGGAUGAUUUGUGGCGGGUUGACUCGACACUGUGGCAUGAAUUUGUGGACACCUUGAGAGGAAUAAAUGCCUCCAGAGGAAACUGCAUUCUCGUGACGACUCGUAGGAAGCUGGUGGCAUCCACAGUAGCAGUACCAGUAGAUCUUCAUAUGUUGGAAAACUUAGCAGCAGAUCAUUGUUGGUCCAUUUUCAAACAAAGAACAUUUCCCGAUGGGAAGGUUCCAGAAGAAAUGGUGAGCAUCGAAAAAAGGAUUGUUAAGAUGUGUCAAGGUCUACCGCUGGCUGCAAGUGUGUUGGGAGGCCUCUUACGCAGUAAGGAUAAACAUGAAUGGCAGGCAAUUCUUGAUGGCAACCACCUUGUUGCAGGUGAAGAUGAUAAUAGGGAAAAUAGCAUAGAGAAAAUCCUAAAACUCAGCUAUGAUUAUCUGCCAUCUCCACAUCUGAAAAAGUGUUUUGCUUACUUUGCAAUGUUUCCAAAAGAUUUCAAGUUUGAAAAGGACCAACUAAUCCAGCUCUGGAUGGCACAAGGCUUUCUCCAUCCAUGUCAAGAGACCACUGCGAUGGAAGACGUCGGGAACAAGUUUUUUCAACUGUUGUUGCAAAACUCCUUGUUGCAAGAUGUUGAGCUAGAUGAGCACAACAACAUGACACAAUGUAAGAUGCAUGAUCUUGUGCAUGAUUUGGCUGGAGAUAUCUUAAAAUUUAAACUAUUUGAUCCGAAGAGCGUCGGAGGAGAAAAUCUUUCUCAAGUUCGAUAUUUUGGAUGGGACUCACCAAGUGAUCAAAUAGAUAAGGUAAAGGAGCCAAGGCAUUUGUGCACAUUGUUCUGGAGAAGAGAUAUAUCUAAAGAUAUGCUAUUGAGCUUUAAGUUCUUGAGAGUUUUAAAUUUGUCCAAGUCCGGCAUCGAGGAGUUGUCCGCCGCAGUCGGCAAGCUAAUAUACUUGAGAUAUAUCGAUCUCUCCAACACUACGAUCAAAACCUUGCCCAACUCCAUUUGCAAGCUCUACAAUUUGCAAACGUUUAGAGUGAGUAACUGCUUUUCACUCGAGGAGCUUCCAGAAGAGAUGGCAAAUAUGAUAAGUUUGAGACACCUAUAUUACAACUCUACGUAUUGUCCGAGUUGGGGAAAAUGGUUUAUUAGUAAUGAGCACUUUCAGAUGCCACUUAAGAUGGGACAAUUGACUUGUCUUCAAACCCUACAAUUUUUCAAGGCCGGUUUGGAGGAAGGUCGUCAAAUAAAAGAAUUAGGUCCUUUGAUGAACCUUAGAGGUGAAUUAACGAUCAAUAGUCUGCAAUUGGUCCAUAGUAGAGAAGAAGCUGUAAGAGCAUGUCUACAGGAUAAACCAAAUAUCUUCAAGCUGGCGUACUUAUGGUCCCGUGAUGAAUCAGAAGACUGUGAGAUCAAUGAUGAGUAUGUUUUGGAUGGUCUUCAACCGCAUCCUAACUUGAAAACCUUAGCGGUGAAGGACUAUUUGGGAACUAGAUUUCCUUCAUGGUUCAGUCAAGAAAUGCCAGCAAAGUUGGUCAAAUUAAGAUUAAGUGGUUGCAAUAAGUGCAAGGAAAUUCCUUCACUUGGUCAACUGAAAUUGCUACAGCAUCUUGAGCUGAUAGGAUUCCAUGAGCUGGAAUGUGUUGGACCUAAAUUUUAUGGUGUUGAGGUUAACAAUAAUGGAUCCGGCAGCAAUAACGCCGACGUCCAAGUUUUCCCGUUACUCAAAGAACUAGUAUUGAAGGAUAUGCCUAGUCUCACUGAGUGGAAGGGAGUGGAAUUGUUACCAACAAGAACUGGUGGUAGAGACGGACUUGGAGUGAGAAUGUUUCCUGUGCUUGAGAAGUUGGGCAUUAGUCGCUGUCCACUGUUAAAAAGUACUCCGAAUCAAUUUGAAGUCCUACGUGAAUUAAGCAUUAAUGCAGUUGACAGUGAAAUUCCAUUGUUGAACUUGUGCAGCAACUUGACAUCUCUCGUAAAGCUUAUUGUCGAGGAUGUGAAAGAGCUCACUUGUAUUCCAGACGAGAUGCUACGCAACAACUUUUCUCUCGAACAUCUUUCGUUCUCAGAUUGCGGAGACUUUCGUGAAUUGCCACAAAGCUUGUACAAUCUCCGUUCUCUUAAGAGAUUAAAGAUUGACAGCUGCACCAAUUUCAGUUGCAUUCCUGUUCCCAGUGGAGAGAAUCAUUUGACUUCCCUUCAAAGUUUUGUGUUGUCCAAUUGUGAUGGAUUGACCAGUUUACCAAGUGGAAUACUAGAGCAUUGUCGGUCUCUUGAAUCUUUGGGUGUCUACAGCUGUAACAACUUAGUUUCCUUCCCUUUACAUUUUGGGGAAAUGCCUUCACUUUCAUAUAUGAAUAUAUCAGAAUGCCCCAAACUGAAUAGUGUACCAACAGGGGGCUUUCACCGUCUCACUGGGUUACACGUAUUGUGUAUUGGUCCUUUCUCAGAGAUGGUGCAUUUUGAGGCAUUCCAAUUGAUAUUUAAUGGCAUUCAGCAGCUAUCGUUCCUUCGUACAUUGUGGGUGUUCGGACGUGUGAACUUGGAUUUUUCUCUGCCCCAUCAGCUUAUGCAACUCUCUUCCCUAAAAGAUAUUAGAAUAUAUGAUUUCGGAAUCGAGGCUCUUCCUCAUGGUCUUGGCAAUCUUACUUCUCUUGAAUAUUUAGGGCUAUGGAGUUGCAAACGGCUACAACAUGUGGACUUCAUAGAUGCUAUGCCCAAAUUACGGUAUCUCCGGAUCAUUGAUUGUCCGUUGUUAGAAGCUCUGUCGGAUGGGCUCGGCAACCUUGUUUCUUUGGAAGAAUUAAACUUAUGGCACUGCCGAAGACUACAGCAUCUGCCAUCCAGAGAUGCCAUGCGACGCCUCACCAAAUUACGGGAGCUGAAUAUUAGAUCCUGCCCAGAGUUAGAAGAAAGUUGCAGCAAUCGGAGUGGCCCAAACUCCCAGUGGUCAAAGAUUUCCCAUAUUCCAUAUAUUGACGUCGGUGGGAGGAGAAUUCAGAACUUAAAUCGAAGGCCACGCUAGAACGUUGCUGCGGUAUAUCAAGUCAAAAUCUGUUGGCGGCAAUUACGUCAGGAUUGGUUGUGCUCCACAGAGAACCACCACGUUUAUUUUGUUGAAGAGUAGACUCUUUCAUGAGAAUUUGGUACUUUGGUGAAGAUACUCAAGGAUAUGCAUGUGCUGUGCCGUUGAAUUAUGUUCAUGGGAUGAAGCUCAGAUAUUCUCAAUGAUGGUGGUAAACUAAAAUUGAGAUGCAGCUAUGUGGUAACUGUGGCACAAAGACAACAUCUCCUUUAACAGGAAAGCUAUUUAGCAGUCUCCCUUGGGGAAGACCUGGGACUUGAAUGGAAUUGUUGACCAGUUUGAGGGGGCACUCAUCCAUUUGGUUGAAGGAUUUUCUAUUCUGCUAAUUGGACCAGGAUUUCCGUGUAAGCUUCUUCCACAUUGGUUGGUUAUGUUCCGUGGAGGAACCGCCAUGUUUGUUUAAUAUACAAGCAUUACUUUGGCAGUCUCUCCUGAGAAAACUUGGAAUCUUUGGCAGGUUGACUAAUUUGAAGUGCACUGUGCUCUGAAUUUUGUUGAAGGACAAAAUCUUCGGCUAUACACUCAUUACUGGACUCUUUCAUGAUUAUUUGAUCAAAUUUUACUGGAACUGCAAAAAAUAACUAUCCGCAUUCAAGCCUCGGCCAUUGGGUACUGAACAAACUUUCUUGGAAACAAUAGCAAGUUCUACAUACAAGAAACAUCAAAAUACUAAAAGCAUAUAGGGUACUCUGGUGAAGAUAAUAAAGGGUAUCCACGGACGGUGCCAUUGAAUUCUGUUCGUGAGCUAGAGCCUGUUUGGAUGGCUUAUGCCUAUAAGCUGCAAACAGCUUAUAAGCUAAAAAAAAUAAGUUGGGGUAGUCUAACUUUUUUUUUUUGGCUUAUAAGCUGUUUUCAGCUUAUAAGCUGCUUUAAAUAAGCUAAGUCAAAUGGGCCCAAUUAUUUUUUUGAGCUUAUUUUAAGCACAAAAUGACUUUAAGCUGGCCAGCCAAACACUCAAAAAAGCUGAAAACAGCUUAUAAGCAACUAAUAAGCCAAUCCAAACAGGCUCCUAUUCAUGAGAUAAAGCUAGGAGGUUGUUGUGAUACAAAGACAAAUGUUGUCCACUGCUACCUUCAUCUUGCUUUCAUGCCAGCCAAUACUUAAAAUUGUGUGGAACAAUUUGUAGCAUUAAAAGUACAAAAGAGCGCUCAGCACUACACAGAGGCAGCAUUGGACGAAAUUACAAUUUUAAAGCAGAUUGCGAAAGGUGACCCAGACGGAGAAAAAAGUGUAGUGAAGUUACUGGGUCAUUUUAAGCACUCAGGUCCAAACGGUCAACAUGUGUGUAUGGUUUUCGAGUAUUUAGGUGACAAUCUCUUGUCACUUGUAACGUGAUUCAGACGGCUUCUUAAUAAUCUUAUUUGGGAAAUGACUUGGAAGAGGAUGGAAUGAAGGAAACAACACGUUCAUUUGUAACGCCCCAUCUCUGCUUUCAUAUAAACAAUUCCAUUUGUCCUCAAAUUGAACAUUUUUUUUAGUAAGAACCUUAAAGUGGACUUUUU